AAUGGGAAUUAAUGCCAGCCAGAAAGUGCCAGCUGUCUUCCCUGAAAAAAAGUCAUCAGCAAUUGUGGGGGUUACGUGCAUAACUGAGGCAUGACAAUGGCUGUGAAGGGUAAAGUGCCAACGCUGUACCUCCAGUCACAGCUGAAGGAUGACCUCUCAGCUAGUCCUCAGCUGUUUACUCCCAUGAGUCCUUAUGAUGUAGACCUUCCAAUUCAAACCACUGAAGAUAUGUUUGGUUCUCAACUGAAUCAGCCCAAAGAUCUUUCUACAGACUUCUCUGUGGAUCUCAGCUUUCUUCCAGACAUUACCCAAGAUGACAAAGAACAAAAUCUAUCUGAAGAUGUUUAUGAAAAGCAAAAAGAACUUGAUGGCUCAAUAUCAAGUAAUGAGGACAGUGGCAUCUUUGUGGAUGAAACCAGCUUGUCAUACCCAGGUGCAACUCAAUCAUUUCCUGAAGCAUCUGGCACAUGUCCUCCUCUGAUACCAAUGACUCCUAUGACCCCAGUGACACCUGCAUCAGAAAGCUCUGGCAUAGUUCCUCAGUUACAGAAUAUAGUGUCGACGGUAAAUUUGGCUUGUAAACUAGAUCUGAAGAAUAUAGCUCUACAUGCCAGAAAUGCAGAAUAUAACCCAAAGAGGUUUGCUGCUGUGAUCAUGAGAAUCAGGGAGCCACGAACAACAGCCCUCAUCUUCAGUUCAGGAAAAAUGGUCUGCACAGGAGCAAAAAGUGAAGAGCAAUCACGUCUUGCAGCCAGGAAGUAUGCACGUGUGGUACAGAAGCUUGGGUUCCCUGCCAAGUUCCUGGACUUCAAGAUACAGAAUAUGGUUGGGAGCUGUGAUGUGAGGUUUCCCAUCCGGCUGGAAGGCUUGGUUCUCACUCACCAGCAGUUCAGCAGCUAUGAACCUGAACUGUUUCCUGGCCUUAUUUAUAGGAUGGUCAAACCAAGGAUAGUGCUGCUUAUCUUUGUGUCUGGAAAAGUUGUACUGACUGGAGCAAAAGAGCGUUCUGAAAUCUAUGAGGCAUUUGAGAACAUCUACCCCAUUCUAAAAGGUUUCAAGAAACCAUAACAUGGUCCACAAAGCAACUAAGAAUAAUACAUGGGCUUGUCUUACUAUGCAUGGAACAGAAGCAAGGGUAUUCCUGGACCCACCUGUACUGCUGUGGAUUAUUAAGCAAACAAUACUGUUCUGAAUGCUAUAAAUACUGAUGCCUUUCUAUGGUUUCUGAAAUUGCCAAGUUUUUUGCUUUCAGAUUAGCUGUCUGUAACCCACUUGUGUUCUGACAGCUUCUGACAAGCUGAAAAAUUUGACAAAUAAAUGUACUUUGAAUAGAAUGUAUAUUAAGGUGGCACUUAAAAGUAUUUUGUAAUAGGAACCAUGUGUCUUUUCCUGCCAUUGAACGGCUAAGACAACACUGCGCUUCAAACUAGCUUUAUCAAAAUCCUCAACAUUAAGUGUACUGCAACCUAGAUCCUGCAAUGUUGUAUUUUCAUAUUUAAACUAAAAAUGUAUUUUAUCUACAAUAUAGCUUACAAAAUCCAGCAUGAGCUGGUUUCAGAGUUUUGAAGACGGCUUGUAGAGGACAUAUACCAAAUCCUUCUGAUCCUGCUGGUUGGAUACACUCUUGUGUGUAAUGGUGCUGGUACUCCUUUUACAGAGAAAAUGUUCAAGGCCCCUGACUGCUGGAACAUACCUAAAAAGCCUGUGGGGGGUGAUGUAACUAAACAAAUUAUCUGAUUUGUCACAACAAUUAGAUUUUUAACAAAAUUGGUACCCACUUGUUAUGGCUCAAGUUCCCUCAGGUGAUGGGAGUUUCUUGCUUGAGACAGACAAGAACAUGUUGGUUAGGGAACUGCCUCUAAAAUGGUCUUGAGGAAAAUACAAAAAGGCUUGGAUGCUCAGUUAUAUGGGAUAUUUAACAGACUUUAACCAGUGGCACUAUAUCAAAUUUUGUAAUUUUUCAGGUAAAACAAUGGGGUUCUUGUACUUUGCUUUUUCUCCAAGAAACGCAAAGCUUCCUUUGCAAAAGGUGUCAUGCUCAGACUGGUGACGCAAGCAGGAACGCUGCAAAGUAGGAGCACUGCAAAGACUACCUCUUGACUGUUCUGGUAUCUUCCAUGCUUCCCAGGAAGCAGGGUUGUGUUUUCUGGGACAGGGCUUUGGUGCUUCUAAGUUUGUCUUGUGUCCUUCCCUUGUUUCCUGUUGAAGAUGAGAUAGCUCUGUCAGGAAACGCCACUAGAGGUUGCUGUUAGAUGAUUUAAGUGUAACCCAGGCCAAAAGCUUGGUCUGUCCUUUAUGGAAAUACACAAUAUGGGCAACGGCUUAAUACACGACAGGGUGUUGCAGUCUUGUUGGGCUUAGUUUUGCUGUCACAAGUUUAUUUCUGAUUCAGUGAAGACACGAUUUCAACUUCUGUUUUUGUAAUAUGUUUCAAGUGCUUUUCUAACUGUGUCUCUGCUCCUCUGGAAAAGAAGUUUGGGAAACUUCAUGCACUUCCUUAUGAUAAACUGAUCUUAACUGUUACCAGUUUCUUUGUCACAGUCAAACUGUGGCUUUCCACACUCAAAUCUACUCUAAACAGAGGCUUACUUCUCUGUUUUCUAACACUGCAGACUUUCCUUAACUAUGGGUGUUUCAUUUGUCCUGUAGCUGUAAUAGCUUAUGAGGUUAAGUUACAAUAAUCUUUUGCAAGUGAAAAAACAACCCUGCUUUUAUUGGCAUGCUGGGAAAAGUUUAUCUAAGAUGACCCCUCUUCAAGAAAUUACAUUUUAAUUAAGAGCUUGCCACAUAAUUUCACUAGUGAAGUUAAUGCUCUUUAAAAGUACAGAUACAGUCUUAAAGAUAAGAAAUGAGCUCUGUGCCUUUUCACUGAGUUACUGAUUAAGUUAAUGUUUGCUUCUGGUAACUCUUAGAAACAACUGUCUUUGUUCUGGUGUUUUCUGGCACUUCAGUGCACUAGGAAUGGGAACAGUGUAGACUGGGAUUUUAUUUUACCUGGGGCAUGUUUUGUUUCUUUUUUUGCU